UCUGCGCUCAACAGCUGCAGCAACAACAUCAAAUAAACGGGGCCAUGGCAGUUCCAACUAUAACCUCUCUCUCAAAAUUGCCCCUUUUUUCCCAACCAAAACGAACCCAAUUCAGCUCACAAACUGCUCCUUCCAAAUUUCUCCUCUCCUUAAAGCAAAGGUCUCUACUUACAGUUCCCAGUUACAGCAGCUCAUCUCAGAACUUGAAAAAUGCUGUCACUAUUUUGGGGGUUACUGGAAUUGCUUUAGCCACACUAAUGGUGGGACCUGCCACUGCCACUGCUUCGGAAUUAGCUAUAAUGGGUUCUUCUUUCCAAUUCAAUGAACCCUCUAAUGCUCUCUCCUUACCCACCUGGGCUAUUCAUGUUUCCAGCGUUGUUGAAUGCAUCUAUAUUACUCAACGUCUCAAACCCAUAAGAAGGAAAUCAAAUAUAUCAAGAUGUGAGAGUAUAGAGGUAUAUUUAGCCAUACGAAAAAUGGUUACUGCAAUGGCUCUGGUUUGGCAAUACGGGGAGAAGUCUGGGAAUGCUUCUUGGAAGGGACUCUCUUGGGGCAUGGUGCCCCUGCUAGGUGGAGCAUUUUGUGCCUGCACUUGGCAUUUCUUUUACAACUCAGAGUCCCUUGAGGUAUUAGUGGCUCUACAAGCAGCUUUGACAGUUCUUGGUAAUGCCACAAUGUGCGUCGCUGCAUUUCGUAUAUACAGAUCACAGGAGCAAUCAAAAGAAUUAUGAGCAUUGAGUUUGGUGUACUUUCCCAACUUUCAUCACUCAUUCAGCUUCCUUAUCUACAUGGUACUUCAUCCGAUUUCUUGCAGUCUCUUUUUCAUCUUCAAAUGGGACAGAAACUUUAUUCGUCGACAAAGCUGAUUGUUUUGGCAGAAGAAGAAACAUGGUAUGAGAAUCCUGUUACAUAUCAGACCAAUUUGACACUAAGUAUAUAAUAUAGGAUAAAGUAGAUUUUCCAUGGUUUUAAGUAAAAAGCUUUUAGCGACAUCUACCAGUGUGGAUGGCACUGUCCCUGGAAGAUUUAAAUUAAUUCUGUCUUUUUGGUGGAUGGUGAGUUUGUCAAGGUAGUUUCUUGACUUUGGCCUUUCCAGUUUGCAUUGUUGUACAUUCUUUGAACAGCUCCUUUUAGACAUCUAAAGAUGGCCAUUAUUGACUUUCUAGGAACUGUUGUUGUCAAAUGAAUCAUAUCCGACAUCUUCAACAUGUUCACUGUUUAUGUACUGUA